AUGCUUUGGUUCUGCGUAGUGCCGCUCAUCCUGGGCUUGUCAAAAGCUUGCGCUCCUAUCAAUAGUGAGUUUUUAUCGAUUGGUCAAGCUCUUCUUUAAAUCAAAGCCAGUUAUAUGUCUUAUCUACCAUAAACAAGUUAUACUCCAUUCAACACUUUAAAAAUCAAAUGAAAGUUUAAACACUCAAAUAAAAAAACUUUUGCGAUAAACUUUUUUUAUCUCAAGCUAGCUUUGAAUAAACUAUAAAAGUUGGUUACGUUCAUUUUUUUCCCUCAACUCUGAUUUCUUAAAAAAACUUGCAGAAACAUUUCGUCGCGUUUUUGAAAAAAAUGGUAAGAAAAAUUAAAAAGAAAAAAAGAAAGUUAUGGGGGAACCGCUGAGACUUUUUUUCUCGAAAAAAAGAUUUUUUUUGUAAUUUUUUUGAAAUUUCUAGGAUAUUUAUAUAGUAAAUCAAACAGUGUCGGGCUAAACUAUCGAAGUUUUUUUCCUAUAGCCAAGUUGAUUUUUUUGCGAGACAAAAAAACCUGUCAAAUAAAAAAAUUUUCAUAAAAAAAUGUUUUUCUUCACAGGUGGGGUUAGUCAAUCCACCUAGUGGACUUUUUUUCCCUCCUUGCAUCACCAUACCAUCCCGAUGUUGCGAAAAAAUUGAUUGAUUCUGAUUCUAAUGCAAAACGAUAUAUUAUAGAAUCUUCAAAAAAAGUAGCGUGUUUGACGCAUGAAACUAUGUACAGGCCACUUCUAGCCUUUCGGUGGUCGAGACUAAUCUUUCGGCCGCUGUCUGUGAGUGGCUGUUUGAGAAGAAAACAUAAGGACUGUCUGGGCUUGUCGACAAUGGAAACCUCUUCGCCGAACAAUUGAAUGGUCGUGUUUCGGGGGUCCAUCGAGUUCAGGCCAAAAAUGACUUUUUCUCUUCCAGGCGGAUGAACAAAAAUCACGCAAAACUGUCCGAGAAGGGGUUUCAAGAAAUACUAGUAAAGUAGAAUAAAACGACAAUUUUUCGGUAACUUUAUUUGGAAUGAACUCAAAGUUAACACUUUCUUAAAAAAAAUAAAAGUUCCUGUCUGUUUAAAAAUUAGUAAUUUCAUAUUUUUCUGAAGUAAACGGUUCAUUCACGAACAAGAUUAUUUGUUACAUGAUAAAGAUUUUCACAAAAAAAAAACCUUCGAAUUUUCCUAAAAGGCGAUGAUUGCCGGAAAAAAACCACCCUUUCUGGUUUUUUCCCUUUAAAUUUUCCUUUGAGUUACUAAAUGGAAAACUCUCAAAACACUCUUUUCCUGAGUUUAUUCUAGACUCGAGUACUUUUGCUUCGGUAAAAAUUCUUUUUCAUUUUGCAGAUCCUGUACAACUGGGAUUUCCUACACUAACCCUACCGAAGAUUUUGAACAACCCUGAAGUUCCGCGAAAUCUACAGCUCACUUCAGAUGAUUAUGUACAGCACGAAGAUGACACUGUUAUGCCACUUCAAAGGUUUCUGAAACUAGAUCUAUCCGUGGAGCCUCAGAUUUAUAAUUAUAUGAGCUUUUCGUGUAAGUAAACGUUAAUAGGACAGAAAAGUCUGAAACUUAUUGCCUAGAAAAAAGCUAAGUUAUUUUUUUUAAUUUCUGAGAAACUCCUUGUGAGGCUUUUCUGUUUAUACAAAUCCAAAAUGAGCUCUAAAAAAAAUCAAGUUUCAUUUGCAACUGCAGAAUUUGAAAGUUUUAAAAAUUGUCCUCAGGGACACGGUCCUUCCUUUGAGCGGCGAACCAAUAGGACUGCGAGCUCCGAUUUUCAAUUUUUUCCGGCCAUGGGCCAAUCCCAAACUCGUAUCUACUGUUAAUUAUGUAAGUCAUAUUUUCUAAGAGGUUGCAAACAGGACUUUCAGAAAAACACACAAGAAGUUCUUUUGACCGCAGAGCUUUCUCCGCCAAUGAAUUGGACUUACUGUGAGCCGAUUUGUGGUGUAGGAGACCAAGCUGUUGAUUCCGAAAAUGCAUUGGAGAACGCUGGAGAUGAUAUUAAAGAUGCUGUGGGUCUUCAGCUUUUCGAGAACCGAGAAAUGAUGAUAAAAAGCUCAAAACUCUGUUCAUAACUCGGUUGGAAAAUUCUGCAUUUUUUCGAGAAUCAUGAGAAUUUUAGAGUUUUGUCAAUGAUGACACUUUUCAGGCCUUUAUUUUAAUGGAUUUUUGCCUAUUGGUUCUUUGAAAAAGUCAAAGUUCAUCAAUGUUUUACGAAUUACUUUGUGGAAAAAUGUUUUCAUACUUUUUCAGGUCCGCGCAGCUUGCGAAAAGUCGUUGAUUGCGUGUGACGACAAAAGCAUAGUUCUAGAAGUCAUUUUUUGUUCUUUUUGAGUUUCUCCAAUUUCGUGAACUUUCAGUACCAACCCGAGUCAAUCCUUGUUGAAGACUUUGGGCCUUACUUUGACAUCAACGGAAACAGAUAUCGACUGAGUGGGAAAAUUGUGGCAUACCGCAUAAAUAGCACAAACCCUGAGAAUGCUUCUAACUUCUAUAAAAAGGUUUUUUUCUGACCUCUUGAUUAUUUUCCUUUGCUUUUUUUCAGAUGACUAUCCGCUUCCAAACAAAGGUCAAAAUUACUUCACAACAAGCUCGCGAUCUCAAACAAACGGUUUUUUCAUGAAACUUUGAAAAGGGUUUUUUUUUUUUGGAAAACUAACAAGAUUGAGAACGUAAAUCGAAAAGAAGUUUUCUAGCCAAGUUUCAGAAAUUACCUCAUCAGCUCCAAUUUUUUCAAAAAUUAAAAAAGUUUUUUUUUAAGUCUGAUGUUUUCCAUUUAAUUGAGAAUAAAAAUUUAUCAAAGUUAACUUUUUUUGAAUUCAGGUCAUCGACUACCUAUCAGCUCGAAAAGGUGUCCACGUGAUGACAGAUUUCUCCAAGUUUUGA